UCAUGCUUGCUUGCUUGCUUUCCGUACUGCCAAACGAGAGAAGCUUUCACAAUGCUGCAAAAAGCAAUAAUUUGGAUCUUAUGGAGAAGCUGUUUGAAAAGAAUGUUAACAUUAAUUCUGUGAACAAUAUGAACCGCACAGCCUUGCAUUUUGCAGUGGGGUCAAAUCACUUAUCUGUGGUGGAUUUCUUGCUUAAUCACAAGGCAAGAGUGGAUAUUGCUGAUAAGCACGGCUUGACAGUAAUUCACCUUGCAGCCUGGUCUGGAAGUCUCGAGAUCAUGCUCAUGCUCAUUAGAGCUGGAGCAGACCAGAGGGCCAAGAAUCCGGAUGGAAUGAAUGCCCUCCACUUUGCAGCUCAGAGCAAUAAUGUACGCAUCGUGGAGUACCUCAUUCAAGAUCUGCAUUUGAAGGACCUGGACCAGCCUGAUAAGAAAGGAAUAAGACCAUUUCUUUGGGCAGCAGAGAGGGGCCACACUGAAAUGAUAGAAAAACUUAUCUUCCUUAAUCUACACACUUCAGAAAAGGACAAGGAGGGGAAUGCUGCUCUGCAUCUUGCAGCAAAGCAUGGUCACAGUCCUGCGGUCCAGGUGCUGCUAACCCAAUGGCAAGAAAUAAAUGAGAUCAAUGAGCUCAACAUCAGUGCUUUGCAGAUGGCAACGCAGAAUGGCCAUACAUCCCUUGUCAGCUGUCUUCUCAGUGAGAAUGUUGAUCUGCACCAGAACGCAGAACCAAAGGACUCCCCUCUUCAUUUAGCUGUUACCAACAACCAUAUCUCAGUUGUGAACAGCUUAUUAGGUGCACAGCACAACAUUGACAUCUUAAAUCAGAGGCAGCAGACUCCUUUGCAUGUUGCUGCUGAUCUUGGCAAUGUGGAACUGGUGGAAACCUUGCUGAAGGCAGGCUGUGACUUGAAGAUUGUUGAUAAGCAAGGGAAGACUGCCCUGGCUGUGGCCUUCAGGAGCAACCACAGCCUUGCUGUGGACAUGAUCAUUAAAGCAGAGAGAUACUAUGCCUGGAAAGAGGAGCAUGGUGAGAGCAUCAGGGACCCAUCAACCGGCUUUACUUUGACAUUCAAGCAAGAUCACAGUUUGGAGACCAGACAUAUUUGCAGUCUCCUCUGGAACCUGGCUUACCAUCAGCUAAAGGCCAAUGAGUGGCAGAAGCUGGCCCGUUCAUGGAACUUUACAGGUGACCAGAUCAGAGCCAUUGAGGAGCAGUGGUCAGGAAAGGGAAGUUUCCGUGAACACGGCCACAGGGCUCUGCUCAUCUGGCUGCAUGGGACCCUGAUGACCCAGGCCACUCCGGUCAAGCAGCUGUAUGAAGAGCUGGUACGCGCAGGUUUCCCAGAACUAGCUGAAAAGAUCCGUCAAUUCAAAAACGAAAAAAAGUCCAAGAAAUGUGCAGUUUCAUAA